AAGAAAGAUAUGAUAAUUUAAAGUGUCUUAAGGUUAUAAAGGUUAUAUAGAACAAUGGUCUGUAAUGGAUUUUCGUUGAUAUUAUUAUUGGGAUUAUAUAAGGCAUAUGAGUGCUCAGACGCCAUUGAUUCAGCUCAAAGACUGAUACCUGUUUACAGUAAACCAGUCCCGACAUCAGUGUUCCAACAUGAAAUUCAACUGGAUCCUGAUGGAAACUUUUGGCUAUUUUGGAAUGUCAGCGGUACCAAUAUAACGUUCGAAACUCAUGUCAGAACCAGAGGAUAUGUGGGAUUUGGACUGUCGCAAAAUGGUAAAAUGUUUCCAUCUGAUGUAAUUGUAGGCUGGAUUAACUCUGAUGGCUCAGUAUAUUUCCGGGACUGCCAUACUGUAGGAAAUGUUGUUCCCAAGGUGGAUUCUAAUCAGAACUGGUACCUGAUUAACGGAUUUGAGAACGAUUUCGGUACUGUCCUGACAUUUACUAGGAAAUUGGAUACUUGUGAUGAGGAUGACAUAGUGAUAAAUGACGACACUAUACGAUCUAUAUACUCAUACCACGAGGAAGAUCCAAUUUCAAUGACGGAAAUGCCAUGGCAUGGAGAAAAUCGAGGCGCACAAAGUGUGAUGUUUUUGUCCUCAAGUAAAUCACUUGCCAGUAUUCCAAAAAACAGCAUAAAAGUUGAUAUUGUAACACCCCCGUAUUCAAUACAUCUCGCUGAUACUCGCCACUGCUCGCUACAUAAGAUUCCACAACUUACAAAGAAGCAUCAUAUGAUAAGAUAUGAACCACUAAUUCCAAAAGAAAGUCUUACGUUUGUCCACCAUAUUGUUAUAAGCAAAUGCCCGGAUACAUCAGACGCAGAUGUUGGCUCUACCUAUGACUGUUUUUCAACAUCCACACCUGAUCGUUUUAUGACAUGUAGUGACCCCGUGGUAGCUUGGGCUGUAGGGGGUUUGGCUUUUAACAUGCCAGAACACGUUGGUUUUGCUUUUGGAGAAGCAGAUAGUCCUAAAUAUGUGAAACUGGAAAUACAUUAUAGCAAUCCUUCGAUGAAGUCUGGCAUUGUAGAUCGUUCGGGUAUAAGAAUGUUUUUAUCUCCUGAUAUUCGUCAAUAUGAUGCUGCAGGUAUGACGUUAGGUGUUAACCCAAAUCCUACACAUAUAAUACCACCAUAUCAGAAGUCAUUCGUCUCAACAAGCUAUUGUAAUCCACAGUGUACAGAAAAGGGUUUACCGGACACUGGAAUAUCCAUUUUUGGUGCAUUUCAACAUGCUCAUGUUCUGGGAAGAGCAAUCAAAACGAGGCACAUACGAAAUGGUAGAGAGUUGCCUCCAAUUGCUGAAGACAAAACAUACGAUUUUAACUAUCAGGAUAUCCGAACUUUAAAAGAAGAAAGGAAGGUUAAACGUGGAGACAGUUUCAUGGUUGAGUGUACGUAUGAUUCAUCAAAGAAAAACGAAUCGACAACGGGAGGAAUGUCAACUGGAGAAGAGAUGUGUAUUUCCUAUAUAUACUACUAUCCGAGAACAAAUAUGUCAUUCUGUCUGGCUUCACCAUUGUAUGAUAAGAUUUCUAAUGAUUCAGAAAAAGCAUUUGAACAGCUGAAGGAUUGGAACUGGAACGAUCAAAAUGUUCGACAACAAUUUCAAGAACUAGUCAAUAAUUCAACAUAUAACACCAUUUGCAAUGGACCAAUCAAACUCGAGAGUAAUAGCUAUAAGACUGUUAUACCUGAACCGGAAUAUCCCUACCAUAAACCAUCUCAGUCAUGUGGGAAUUCAAUGGGAAUGAAUUAAGAGUCACGAAAAUAAGACUUCAGACAAUUGAUAUGCUUUGCAUAUGACUU